CGACUCACCCGCACACGCACAUGAUAAUCUCCUUUUCCCACGAACCUCAGGACCUCAAACAAUAAAACGCGUAUAACUCUCUUACACCAAUCUCAGGCAUCUGACGUCUGAAACCCAUACUGCAGCUGAAACAAGAACGGAAGGGGUGAAAGAAAGAAAGAAACUAAACUCCCUUGAACCCUAAGAAACGCAUAACCUCCCCCCUCCCCCCCCCAAACUAUGCCAUCUGCACGCCCACCUGCCUCCCUGGCAUCCAGCUCCUCCGAAACCUCCUACUCCCCCUUACCGAACAGCAGCGCAACGGUACCCCGCAAUGAACCCGAGGACCGGUCCCCUUCAACCACCCCAACCGGCACCUCUGCAUCCAAACCCACUGCUGCUGGCGCGCAGGAGAAGGAGAAACCGCGACUGACGGAACAAGAGAAAAAGAACAAUCAUAUCGCCUCGGAGCAGAAGCGCCGCGCCGCAAUUCGGGAAGGGUUCGAUCGUUUGACGGAGCUUGUCCCUGGCCUGGAGGGGCAGGGGCGCAGUGAGAGUAUUGUGCUUCGGAAGACGGUGGAUUUCAUCCAGCUACAGCUCCAGGAGCGCCAGGAGUUGGUGGCAGAGAUUGAACGCCGGGGCGGGCAUAUUGACGAUGCCUUUCGGGUCUGACCUACGUGGUUGACUGACUGUAUAUGAGCGAUGCUACUAUUCAUGACGAUGACGAUUACGAUGAUGAUACGGGGGAGGGGGGAAAGGGCAUGAUUGGGAG